AUGCUAAAUGCGUGCGCGAAGGAGGGCUUGUUUGUCGAAGCGCGCGCCGUCUUCGAGGAUAUGGUAGCACUGGGAGUGCGGCCGAGUCGGGAGACCUUCCACCACAUGAUGAGGACAUUAGCACUAGUCGAACAGCACCCUCUGCAAGAGCUCCUCAAGGCGAUGGGAGAGUGGUCUAUCCCUCCAAACGAAAUCACGUACGAGAUCAUCAUCACGCGCCUCGCAGAAGCAGACCGCCUAGAACUCGCCCUGCAAUACCUCGCGAAGCUUGCGCCAGCCGGUCUUGCCCCCACGCUCAACACCGCGUCCGCCAUCAUUACUCGUGCUGCCGCGCUUGGGUUCUCGCGUCUUGCUCUUGACCUGGCGGUCGCUUUCGAGGAGACUUCUGUACGGCGGUUGGACGGUGAGGUUUGGGUGGAUGUGCUCGUUAGCUGCGCAGAGGGCCUCUAUCCGGAAGGUACUGCUCGCACAUGGCAAAAGGUCGCCCACGACCUCCACAUCCUUCCAGACGAGGGAUGCUGUCUCCAGGUCCUGCACACGGCCGCGCGACACGGGCUCUCGGACCUCGCGCUAGACGUCAUCAGCGUUCUGAAGAAAAUCAACAUCGUCUGGUGCGAGUACCACAUCGCGCCCGUCCUCGAGGCCAUGUGCCGCCACGGCGACCUCAAGGAGGCGCUCAUCAUGCUCGACUUCAUGCGCAAGAGCGACAUCACGCCCUCCCUCGAGACCGCCGAGCCCAUCCUGCAGCUCAUCAACAAGGACACCGAGGCCGUCGACAACGCCUGGGGCCAGCUCGAAAUGCUGCACGAGGAGGGCUCCCCCGUGGACGUCGUCGCGCUCAACGUCGUCAUCCAGGCCGCCGUCGCCCUGAACGACCUCCAGCGCGCGAUCGGCACGUACAAGGCGAGCGCGGCCCUCGGCGUCACCCCAAACAUCGACACGUUCAACCUGCUCCUCCUUGGGUGCGUCGUCGCGCGCCACCGCGAGCUCGGCGACCGCCUGCUCGCGGACCUCAAGGCCGCGGGCAUCCGGCCGGACGAGACGACGUACGAGCGCAUGGUGCGCCUGUGCCUCACGCAGAGCAUGUACGAGGACGCGUUCUUCUACCUCGAGGAGAUGAAGUCGCUCGGGAUGGUCCCGCCGCGCACCGUGUACGAGGCCGUCAUCCGCAAGCUCGUGUCCGUCGGCGACGUGCGCUACAAGCUCGCCGUGGAGGAGCUGCAGGAGUGCGGGUACGAGCUCUCGCCGCGCUUGAAGUCGUUCAUCGACUCGGGAGGCUCGCACGACGUGCAGUCGUCGGCGCAGCCGGAAGUCCUGUUGUAG